UCCCAACAAAGACAGAGACACACUAUUAUAAAUCCAUAAAUUAAACCAAGGAGACACAGUCCCAUCAAUCAAUUAUCUUAAUCAUCUUCCUUUUGCAGGACACAACUUGGGUCCUUCCAUAUUCUCUUUUCUCAACUCUCUUAAGCAAAUCCACAAGCGCUCUCUAAUCUACUUUAUUGUUCUUCAAUAUUAUUACUAUUAUAACACUAAUCGUUAUUUUGCAGGCUUUAAUAAUCUUGUUUUCUUGUUUUCUUGUUUCUCUUAUUGCUAUCUCUGCCUUUCUACAUACUAUAUUUGUAUCUUGUGCUAAUAACAUGGAUGCAGGAUCAUUAAGUUCUGUCUCAGCAAGUAAGUCCAAAUCUCGCUGCCCUCUCCAGGAACAAUUUCUACAAAGGAGAAAUUCUCGUGAGAAUUUGGAUAGGUUCAUUCCGAAUCGAUCAGCGAUGGAUAUGGACUAUGCACAUUACAUGUUGACAGAGGCAAAGAAAGGUAAGGAAAAUCCAGCUGUUAAUUCUCCCUCCAGAGAGGCAUACAGGAAGCAGCUUGCAGAAACGUUCAACAUGAACCGGACCCGUAUACUCGCGUUCAAGAACAAGCCACCCACUCCUGUUGAGGCCAUUCCAAACGACUUCCAAUCAUCCGUUCAACAGGCCAAGCCUGCUAAAGCCCGUCGAUACAUUCCACAGACUUCUGAAAGGACACUAGAUGCUCCAGAUCUAGUAGAUGACUACUAUUUGAAUUUAUUAGAUUGGGGCAGCAGCAAUGUUCUUUCUAUUGCUCUUGGCAGCACUGUAUAUCUGUGGGAUGCAUCUGAUGGUGCUACUUCAGAACUGGUCACCGUUGAUGAAGAAAUGGGACCUGUUACAAGUGUAAAAUGGGCUCCUGAUGGUAGACAUAUUGCUCUUGGUCUGAAUAAUUCUGAUGUUCAGCUCUGGGAUACAACUGCAAAUCGACUGCUGAGAACUAUGAGAGGUGGUCACAGAUCCCGAGUUGGCGCUCUAGAUUGGAACAACCACAUAUUGACAACCGGGGGAAUGGACGGUCAGAUCAUAAACAAUGAUGUGAGAAUACGAUCGCCAAUUGUUGACACUUACCAAGGACAUCAUCAAGAAGUUUGUGGUUUAAAAUGGUCAGCCUCUGGCCAACAAUUAGCUAGUGGUGGAAAUGAUAAUCUCCUCCAUAUAUGGGACAGAUCAAUGGCUUCUACCAACUCAUCAACAGAGUGGCUUCACAGGCUUGAAGAUCAUACUGCUGCUGUUAAGGCCCUUGCUUGGUGUCCUUUCCAGGGUAACUUAUUAGCCUCUGGUGGUGGUGGCGGUGACAGGUCCAUUAAGUUCUGGAACACCCAUACUGGUGCUUGCUUGAAUUCUAUUGAUACGGGCUCUCAGGUUUGUGCCUUGCUAUGGAACAAGAACGAACGUGAGCUACUAAGUUCUCAUGGUUUUACAAAGAAUCAGCUCACACUUUGGAAGUACCCUUCCAUGGUAAAGACAGCCGAGCUUACUGGUCACACUUCCAGAGUUCUUUUUAUGGCACAGAGUCCAGAUGGUUGCACAGUGGCAUCUGCAGCUGGGGAUGAAACUCUUAGAUUUUGGAAUGUAUUCGGAACUCCCGAAGUUGCAAAGCCUGCACCAAAGUCAAACCCUGAGCCAUUCGCUCACCUGAACCGUAUUCGGUGAAUUUUGAGGGACAUUAUAUUGUGAGAAGUGACGGAAUCUCUGUAAAGUAUAAUCACAGCACAAAAUGCUCGUGAACCAGACAAAUGCUGUAUGUAUUGUGUAAAAAAGAUACUUCGGUUCAUUUUCCUGUUAUUGUUGGUGGAGUUUCGUGAAUGGAGGAGCUAUUUGUUUGCUUAAGUUGCUGCAAUAAUUUUUCUUAGUCACCUAUAGUGACAAAAAGCAUGUGUAGAUAGAUAAAAGCAAAUGUUCUUCAACAUAAAGAUAUUGUAUGAUUGUGAAACUACUGAAGUCCCUGAAUAAGAUGGAAUUACAUUUCUUACUCCCAA